GUUAACGCGUCGCGAAAUACGAUUUGCGCUUUCAAAAAACCUCAGGUUAACAGACGCGGAAGUCCUCCAAUCCGGACUUCCCUCAAAUUCGCCAUUAAAAUAGAAAAGCAAAGAGAAAAGGAAAGAAUCCUCUCUUUCAUCGCACGAAAACUAGAAAUCCUACACACAAAACCAGAAAUAUCUCUUUUCAUUAAAACUAGGGCAGAAAACCUCUCUCAACCUCUACCUAAAAUGGAUGAGAAAACUGAUUAAAACCAGGUUAAUCUCUGAAUAUUAGUUGUAAUUGAAGAAAAUGUGGAGGUCAUCAGGUUUGAAUUUGUUGAAAAGUAGUUUAUUAUCAUCGAAAGUGAGGAGCUAUGACAAGAAGGAAGCAAUUUACAAGGGUUUUAGGUUGAUUGAACAUAAUGUGAGUUGUUUUGUUCGUCCAUUUUCAUCGUCGAGAUUUUUCUCAUCAGAAUCAGCUGGGUUUUCUGGUCAAGAUGAUAACAGCUCUACAAAAGUUUCAGGAGUUGGAAUUGAAUUUGAAGGAGGUGAAAAAGGUGGGAAAGAUGCGAUUUCGUUUACAGAAGCAAAGAAAUUGAUGAGGUUAGUUAAUGUGGAAUCAUUGAAAAGGAAACUUGGUAUGGAACAGGAAGAAGUUAUUGGGUAUAGUGAUUUGCUUAGGGCUUGUGAGAGUAUGGGUGUUGCUAGAUCUUAUGAUGAAGCUGCUGCGUUUGCUCGUGUUCUUGAUGAAGCUGGUGUUAUUCUUCUUUUUAGAGAUAAAGUUUAUCUUCAUCCUGAUAAGGUUGUAGAUUUGGUAAGACGGGCAGUUCCUCUUGCUUUGGCACCUGAAGAUGAUCCAAGGAGAGAUGAACUAAAGAAGUUGCAGAAAGAGAAGGAAGAUAUUGAUGUUUUAGCUCACAAGCAAGUACGCCGUAUACUCUGGUCAGGGCUAGGUUUCUCUGUGCUACAAGUUGGCCUCUUUUUCCGUCUCACAUUCUGGGAAUUCUCAUGGGACGUUAUGGAACCUAUUGCAUUCUUUACCACUACGACUGGCUUGGUUGUGGGUUAUGCUUACUUCUUGUUCACAUCGAGGGAUCCAACAUACCAGGAUUUGAUGAAAAGGCUUUUCUUAUCUAGGCAAAGGAAACUAUGCAAGAGACAGAAUUUUAACAUAGAUCGUUUUGUGGAAUUGCAGAACCAUUGUAAAUCACCUCUGGAGACGUCCACAUCUGCCCAAGUUCGAAAACAGAUGCAACUAGAACAUGAUGAAAUGUUUCACAAGGGGUAGCCUCAUAGUUUUUAAAUACUACUCGAUUUCUCUCUUCCCUGGUAAGAAUGACAGAAGGCAGUUUCGAGUCUAACCAUGGUUUCAGCUGAGUAAUACUUUGGGCACACAAUUACAUUAACAGUCUGUAGUAGAAAUUUGAAAAUGGACUGUUGUUUUUGGGUAUAGUUGUGUUCAUGACAAUGCACAACAUAAAUUGCUGAGGUUGUGCUACUGAUACUUUUUUCGUCCCACAGAGGUGCAUUUUGUGCCCGUUGUACUUCAGUACUUCAAAUUUUGUAAACAACCUACUUCAUUUCUAAUUUCAUAUGGUUUACACUUUACAUAGUGUAAUCUUUGGCUACAUCUCCAACUAUAAAUUGCAGUUUAAAAUUGGUUCAAGUUA